UUUCUUACUAAGAGCAACAAUGGCGUUCCCGUCUGUUCCACAACCAACGUACACUAACAGAAAGUAACUUUUCUCUAUCUUUAUCGCGCACGCAUCCAACUUUUCCAGACUCGCCGGAUUCAGAUUUGUCGCGGGCGGUGGUUGUAGCGGAAGCGCGCAGCUACCGGUCCGCUGGCUGAAAUCCGCAACCCCGUCGUUCAUUCCCAUUCAGAUGGCCACUCCCAAUUCCGCGUAUGACGACUGUCCGCCGAUCAACGCCACGGCGGUGGCCGUCGACAAGGACAACAAGAACAGCAACUUGGCCGUGCGAUGGGCCAUUGAUCAUCUUUCGAUCUCGCAACCUUACCUCAUUUUAAUCCAUGUCAGGAAAAGUCAUCACCACGAUGGUGAUGGAGGCGAUCAUGAUCCUUACACUGUGUUCAUUCCUUUCCGUGGAUACUGUGCUCGUAAGGGGGUUCAAAUGAAAGAGGUCAUCCUUGAUGAACAUGAUGUGGCUAGAGCACUUUUGGAUUACAUCAACAACAACUACAUUAACAAUAUUGUAGUUGGUGCAUCAACGAGGAAUGCUCUUACAAGGAGGCUCAAAGGUAAUACGGAUGUUGCGAGCAUCUUGACAAAAUCUGCGCCAGAGUUUUGUUCGGUAUAUGUGAUACAAAAAGGGAAGAUGCUUUCAGUGCGGACGGCUAAGAGGCCUGUGGUUAAUACUGCUGCACCACCAAAACAACCGAUCGUGCAGGGACUCCCGCCUCAUAUGCCAGCUGAAUUAAGUGGAGGAGAAAAUGGAGUUAGGCCUCCAACAAGGGAAAGAACAAGCAGGAAUGGUCCAGAGAAAAUGGUUGCAAUACGCGAGAGGACGAGGAGUGCUCCAACAAAUCUGACACUGGAUCAGAUUGACAUUCAAAGCCAUGAAUCAGGAUCAAGGUCUUCAGUAAGUAGUGCUCACAAUUCAAAUGCUGAAGAAAAUGAGUUUUCAGGCCCAAUUCAUCCAUAUGGAUCACUGGAUAUGUCUUCCCAAAACUUGGAUUUCUGUAGUCCGUCCUGUUCUCCCAGGGACUCAUCCAGACAAUCUGCACGGGAGAUUGAAGCCGAAAUGAGAAGAUUGAAGCAGGAAUUGAAACAAACAAUGGACAUGUACAGCUCUGCAUGCAAAGAAGCUAUCUCAGCCAAAAAUAAGGCUAAAGAAAUUGAUCAGUGGAAGCUGGAUGAGGCUCGUAAGUUUGAGGAAGCCAGGCUUGCUGAGGAGAAUGCUCUUGCCAUUGCAGAGAUGGAGAAGGCUAAGUGCAAAGCUGCCAUUGAAGCAGCUGAGGCAGCACAGAGGAUGGCUGAGAUGGAAGCUCAGAGAAGAAUACAAGCAGAGAUGAAGGCAAAGAAAGAGGCAGAAGAGAAGAAUCGUGCAUUGACUGCUUUGGCACAUAAUGAUGUCCGAUAUAGAAAGUAUACCAUAGAAGAAAUCGAAGAAGCCACCAAAAACUUUGCAGAAUCGAUGAAAAUUGGUGAAGGUGGAUAUGGACCUGUUUACAAAGGCAAACUUGACCACACACCAGUUGCCAUCAAGGUCUUAAGGCCUGAUGCUGCUCAAGGGAGGAAGCAAUUCCAACAGGAGGUUGAGGUCCUGAGCUGCAUUAGGUAUCCUAACAUGGUCCUCCUACUUGGUGCCUGCCCUGAAUACGGAUGCCUGGUGUAUGAAUACAUGGACAAUGGAAGCUUAGAAGAUCGGCUAUUGAGAAGAGGUAACACCCCUCCGAUUCCAUGGAGGAAACGAUUCAAAAUAGCUGCUGAGAUUUCAACAGCACUACUGUUUCUUCACCAUACGAAGCCGGAACCCCUUGUGCACCGAGACCUUAAGCCCGCCAACAUCCUCUUAGACCAUAACUAUGUGAGCAAAAUUAGUGAUGUUGGCCUAGCACGCUUAGUCCCGGCAUCAGUUGCUGAUGAGGUCACACAAUAUCACAUGACUUCAGCUGCAGGCACAUUUUGUUACAUAGAUCCCGAAUACCAGCAAACAGGCAUGUUAACAACAAAGUCAGAUAUAUACUCUUUGGGUAUAGUGCUACUCCAGAUUAUCACAGCCAAGCCUGCUAUGGGUCUUUCACACCAUGUCAAGAGGUCCAUUGAGAAAGGAACAUUUUCAGAUAUGCUUGAUCCCACGGUGCUGGACUGGCCCGUUGAAGAGGCUCUCGCAUUUGCUAAUUUGGCUUUGCAGUGCACUGAGCUAAGAAAAAAGGAUAGGCCAGAUCUUGGUAAAGUUAUAGUGCCGGAACUCAACCGAUUAAGAGAUUUUGGAAAGAAUAAUGUUGAUGCACUUACUAGUCAUGGAUAUAGCAGCACUGCUCAUAGCCAAAGUUCACGUCCUUCCAAUUCAAGAACAUCCAUUACAAAUAGUCAGGAUUUAAUAUAUAAGAGUACUUGCGAGGAUGGGGUUGAGACAGUGUCCUGACCGUGAUUAAGAGCAGUGAAGUUCGGAAUCACCUGAUGGCAAACAGAACAAAAGGCCAGAAAGCUGCUUACAGAGUUACAGUUAAAGAAAAUGAAGAACUGUGUUUAUAUUUUUUUUUUUGAAAAAAAAAACAGUUCUAGUAGGAAAGUGAUAUCACAGAAAAACCCUAUACUCCCACAAAGAAAAUGUAAAUUCUCAGGCUUAUUUUGCUAAUUGAUUAACACUGCUCUUUAGUGGUUGUAUUAGAAAAGUUUUGCCUGCUUGGUACUUUGUUCA